GCGCAGUGCCGGCCCACCUUAAACGCUCGAAAGGUGUGUGAUGUUUAUAGACUCCGUAUAAAAGAUUGAACUGGAGCUUGUUUCGGUAUCAUUCAGUUCUAAGUCGCCUGCUGGCAAGCAAUCUUCCUAUAAAUCCAUCACAAUGUAUAGCAAAUUGGUGGUGCUUUCAGCUCUAAUAGCAGCUACUUUAGCAGCCCCACAGAAGCGCCUUCCGGUCGGUGGUCCUGAAUCGCAAGCCGUCAUUCUAUCCCAUGAUUCGAACAUUGAGCCCAACGGAGCGUAUAGCUAUCGGUACGAGACCAGCAAUGGAAUUUCAGGACAGCAAACCAGUUUCGACGGCGCCAACGCGGCCGGGGAGUAUUCCUACACCGGCCCAGACGGCGUACUGUAUCGAGUAGUUUACAAUGCUGACACCUACGGAUUUCAGCCUCAAGGGGCUCAUUUGCCUGUUGAACCACCGGUGCCAGAUCACGUGCUGAAAGGACUGGAAGACAUUCGCCGCAGCCCACCGAAGGAUCCUGAGUUCAAUUUGGCUACUCUAGAUGCACAAAUUGCACGACUUCGUGCCACCCUUGGCUAACGAACCGAAACCAAAAACAAAAAAAAAACGAAAGAAAGAAAGUACAGCCAACUCUCGUGCCCAUCAGAGAAAAAAUCGCUGAUUGUUAUUUAAUUUUGUGUCAAUAAAUUAAAUUACUUCAAACGCCCUGCCGGGGAUACCAAACCAAGAGCAGUGAAUUGAAAAGAGAAAAACCUCGGAAAAUGCGAAUUAUUUGACGUGCCAUCAGUGAGUGCAUCGUAACUCAUCGCAACGGCGGCGGCGGCGGCACCACCGGGUCGGCCGAUGCGACAGCGCUAAAUGGGAAGUGGGCAAACGUUAUGCCAUUAUCCUGGCUUACAACAAUAGCCCAGCGAUGGUCACAUUUUCCAGUGGAAAUCAUGAUAAUCCCAAAUUUAUUAUCGGAAAUCGUACUUAAUUGAUACGCAUGUGUGGUGCUGCGGA